GACGCUACCGACAGAUGGACACGUUACGACUGGACAAAGCAGCGUGUCCCAAUUGUUCCAUCCCUCUCCAGCACUUCACAUCCAUGCGCCCCACAACGCCGAAUCAAUCGACGAUGCCCCAACCAUGCCCACAACUUCCAUGGGCCCGCCAACCAAGCCACGAAAGAGAAAGGCUCCGACACUGCGUGCUGACGCUUGGGAGCCAUACAAAGCUCGAAUUGUAGAGCUCCAUAUUGCGCGGAAAUUACCGCUUCCGGAAGUGAAGAAGAGGAUUGAGGAAGAGUUUGGUUUUACCGCUGAGCUGCGACAAUACAGAACACGUAUAAGUCAGUGGAACAAGGAUAAAAACGUUAAGGGAAAGGAGAUGAGAGCAAUUGUUAGGAAGCGACAGGAAAGGAGGCUUGUUGAUGUUAAAAAAGGCGAGCUGAUUUUUGACAUUAGAGGCAACAAAGUGGAGCCGCAAAAAAUCGACAGAUGGAUGAAGAGGCAUAAGGUUCCCGAAAGCUUCUUGUACGCACCUAGUCCCGCUGCAUCAACCCCAUCCGAUGUGGGUUGUCGCACAGUCUCCGAACGCGGUUCUCCGGUUCCAAGCCCUAUGUACUCACCAGGAAUUCCAUACUUCUCACCGGCAGGCAUUACGUCUGUCGCCCAUAGCCCUCCGAUGUUAUCUCCUACCCUCUCAAUUUUGAGCAUAGUUCAGCCUCAAGGCAGCACUUUCGCUGGGCAAAGUCCGGCUCCCACCUAUCGAUCUGUUCCAGGCUUUCCUCCAGACUCCCCGUCCACUUUAAUCGCAUCCCAAAGCCAAUUUAUAUCGGUAGAUUCUGAUACCCCUGGAUAUGCGCUACCGCUAGAAGUAAGAAGCACUACAACACGCUCUAUACAGUAUCGGUAUAAACAAACAGAGGAAGAGCAACUGCGGGAAGAACUAUUAAUGGCCGAAACUUUGUACGGAAUGAGCCACACGGAGACCUUGGGCAUACUUUCCAAAUUAGGUAUUGUACUUAUGGACCAAGGACGAUACAGGUCCGCAGAGGAAAUGAUUCGCAAAUUGGUGAAAGGUUGCCGAGUUAUAAAUGGAGACGAUGACGUUAACACGCUUGAUGCUUUAAACCUCCUUGGAGAAGUUUUACGCUAUCAAGGAAUCCACGCCAAAGCUGAGAAAUUGCACCGACGAACAUUCGAAUCUAAAAGGAUCAUACUGGGAGACAAGCAUCCUUCCACGCUGACCAGCAUGGCCAACCUGGCGUCGACGUAUAGAAAUCAAGGGCGGUGGAAGGAGGCCGAAGAGCUGCAAGCUAAAGAACUAGAAAUGUGCUCGAGGGUACUUGGCGAGGAGCAUCCAGACACGCUGACCAGCAUGGCCAACCUGGCGUCGACGUAUAGGAAUCAAGGGCGGUGGAAGGAGGCCGAAGAGCUGGAGGUGCAAGUGAUGGAGACGAGCUCGAGGGUGCUUGGGGACGAGCAUCCAGACACGCUGACCAGCAUGGCCAAUCUGGCGCAUACGUGGAAGUCCCAAAGCCAAAAUAACGAGGCUAUCUUACUAAUGAAAAAAUGGAUGACCAGGAGCUGGGUACUUAGAGCUACGCUUUUCUUUUCAAGAAUGUAAAACAGUUUAUUGUGUAAGCAUGCC